GUUCUCCUUUUAGUUAGUCAAGUCUUUGUGGCAGCCUCGGGCUUUGCUCCAAGUUCGAAGACGGAACAUUUUUGUUCAAGGUUUCGGGUGGACCACAAUGGCAUUCUAAGAAUUUCUGCAUCUAUGUUGUGAUUGUUGGUGCGGGCAAAAAUGUCUUCGCAGUGCUUGGAAGUCCAAAGAUCCAUCCCAAGGUCAGUUUCGGCUCCGGAGGGUGUAGGACUGCCAAUGAACCAUGAGAUCCACCCCAAGCCAGACAGUAUUAUUGAGGAUAAUUUUCCAAAUUCCAUCGGCAACUAUCAAGUCUUCCAAAUUAACCAAAGCAAAUGUCAGAGAUUGUUGAUCACCAUUGUCAGAGGAAAGGGAAUCACUCGGGGAAAAAUCAAGGAUUGGCUAUAUAGUCCAGAUCCAUACGUGUCUGUACAGCUGAUCGGAACCCCGAAUGGUUUGAAGAAGACCAAAUACGUAACAAGUUGUUCGGAGCCCUUGUGGAAUGAAACCCUUAUCUUCUAUUUCGAUUCCAAUCGAGAUAGGCUGAUAGAAAUUGUUCUCUACGACUUGAACAGAACUGUUAAUGAAGAAAUUGGCCGAGACAUCGUGGAUAUCUAUGGAUUGUACCCCAACAAAGACCACGCCCGAGAGAUUGCCUUCAAGAAUGGCUCCCGCAUUGAAAUCAAUUUGAGGGUCGAAUCAAACCCAAAUUUGGAUCUCAAAUGUGGAACAGAUUUGUGCGAUGAAGAGCUCCAAUUUCGAGAGCAUAGACGUCCGCGGGUUGCCCAAGGUAUCAAGAACUUUCUUGAUUUCGAAAUCCCAAACGAAGAGCAGAUACAGGUCCCCACAAUUUGCCUAAUGACGUCAGGGGGUGGUUUUCGUGCCAUGAUCGCCUAUGCUGGAGCCUUCAAGGUCCUCGUGGAGGCUGGAGUCAUUGAUAUGAUCACAUAUACCUCUGCACUAUCCGGAUCAUCAUGGUUCCUGUCGACCCUCUACACACACCCUGGCUAUCCGGAAGACAAGGAAGUGGUGAACACGAUUCUAUCUGAGCUGAAAGCGUGUGUGGAAAAGCAUUGGCAGGUUCAUCUUUCCCCGCCUUGGUCAUCUCGUUACCUGAAGAAGAUCAUUCGAAAGUCAGUGGGUGGACAACCGGUUAGUUUCACCGACUUUUACGGUUAUUUGGUGGGUCAGCAACUUCUGAAAAGGCGAAUGAAGUACAGGUUGUCCGAUCAAAGGGAUAAGAUUGCGCAAGGUCAAGCUCCUAUGCCCAUUUACACUUGCUUGCAUGUGAAGUCUAACGUCUCAGCCAAAGUGUUCCAGGAAUGGUAUGAGUUUAAUCCUUAUGGCGUUGGAAUACCCAAGUAUGGAGCUUACAUGAAGAGUGAGGACUUUGCUUGCAAGUUCUACAUGGGCAAGGUUGUCAAAAGAUUUCCUGAGGUUCCUUUACACUUCCUUUACGGAAUUUGGGGUAGCGCCUUCACCAUCUUAUUCAAGCGGCUAGUUCAAGAAAGAGGUCGAAACUGUCAGGGAGAAUUGUUGAAAAUGAUCUCAGGUAGGGAUAUGCGAACUGGAAACGAAUUAGGAACAUCCGAAGAAGAGGAUCUUAUUGUCAGAUGCUUGGCCGAGGACUGUAACGAAGAAUCGGACAUUGAGCCCUUGGAAAGCGAGGACGCUCCAACAGAAAGUCACUCUCAUACAUACCAAUCCAAUGGGACCUUGGGGCUACAAGACGAAGAGAUCAUCUUUGAUGGAGGUUGUAAAAGCGAAGACAAUGAUGACGAAGACUUUGAGGAGGAGGAAGACGAGAGAUGCGAUCCUCAAGCACUUCCAACGAGUUCUACCCAGUUUGCACGUCAGACAGGAGGCGGUUCUUCAUCUGCUGAUGAGUUGGAGGAAGAGUCGCUUUCGAGAACCAACCAGGACCAAAGCCAAACGGAUCUCUCCAUGGAUUCUGGUUUGGCGUCAAGUGGGUCCGAUAUCGAUCAGCUCAAUAAGCUUCAAUUGAGUGCCAAAACGAGCAUUCUCACCAAGAAAACCUACGCUUUGAGACAAAAGUUCCGGAAAUAUAGUCUUCCAAGGAUGAAAAAGGGAGAUCGGAAGAGCGACGUGUGCUCUUCCGAUGCCAAAACGAGCAUUCUCACCAAGAAAACCUACGCUUUGAGACAAAAGUUCCGGAAAUAUAGUCUUCCAAGGAUGAAAAAGGGAAAGAAGGGUGGCCUAGAAGUGGACUCACAGUCGUCCUCAGACUCUUUGCCAGCAAUAGGAACAUCCCUUCGGACGGAGUCUUCAACGUCGAAGAUCGAAAAGGUAUCGCCUACCCCAUCCGAACGCAUCCAAGCCAUAGAGGAGGAGAAUUCGAAAUGGGAUCGGAUUCUGGAAAGAGCUCUGUCGACCACUCCCAUAAAUUCGCGGGCUUUUCGGGCAGGAGUCAUUUUGAACCCUCUCCGGGGAAUCACAGCCGAAACAGUUCAACCUUUGGAGUCUUGUCCGGCCUCUCCUGUAAAACCAACAGAUACAGCAGAUUGCGAUUUCAAAGGGUUUCGUGAGUCCAUGAAAACGGACGAAAAGAAGAUCUAUUUGGUGGACAGUGGUUUGAGCUUCAACUUACCUUUCCCUCUCAUGUUACGUCCCCAACGUGGGAUUAAAUUGUACAUAACCAUGGAUUUUAGCAGCCGUCAUUCGGAUUCCACACCACCCUUUAGAGAAAUCCUUUUGGCAGAAAAGUGGGCCCGUUUGCACGGUUUGCCGUUUCCACCAGUACGAGAAGCUGUCAAAACGUACCUGGAUCAGCCUAUCAAAGAAUGCUACGUCUUCAAAGAUCUCGGAGCUGACAUCAAUGUGCCCGUGAUCAUUUUCUUCCCCUUGAUCAAUGCAAAUUUUCGCCACUUCAAGGCCCCGGGAAUACCAAGAGUGACUGACGAUGAGAAAUCAUUUGGCGAUUUUAACAUUUUUGAUGACACAAACGCUUACGCGAUCUGGCGAUUUGUUUACCCAAACCUCUCCUUUGAUCGGCUGACCGCUAUGAUGGAGUUUAAUGUGCGAAAUAAUUUGCACAUCAUUCGGGAGGAGAUCGAAUUGCUCACCAUGCGUGUUUAGGUUAAAAAAAAACAAAUAUGUUAUAUUUAUGGAAAAUCCGAAUAAGAUAUCAUCACCCUUGAUCAUUUUUGACCAGGCUUGAACGCAAGAAA